AUGCAAACGAUCAAAUGUGUUGUGGUCGGCGAUGGUGCGGUCGGUAAAACGUGUUUGCUGAUCUCGUACACCACCAACAAAUUCCCAUCGGAAUAUGUGCCUACCGUCUUCGAUAACUAUGCUGUAACUGUAAUGAUUGGUGGAGAACCGUACACACUCGGUCUCUUUGAUACGGCUGGUCAAGAAGAUUAUGACCGAUUGAGGCCCUUGUCCUACCCGCAAACUGAUGUGUUCCUUGUCUGUUUCUCCGUUGUUGCACCAGCUUCUUUCGAAAAUGUUAAAGAAAAGUGGGUUCCCGAAAUCGCUCAUCAUUGCGCUCGAACUCCGUUCCUUCUUGUCGGAACACAGGUCGACUUGCGUGAAGAUCCUGGCAUGCAAGAAAAGCUCGCGAAAAACAAACAGAAGCCGAUUAGCACCGACAUGGGAGAGAAGUUGGCCAAGGAACUAAAGGCGGUCAAAUAUGUGGAAUGCUCGGCUCUGACACAGAAGGGAUUGAAAAACGUCUUCGAUGAAGCAAUUUUGGCAGCACUGGAACCACCAGUGGAGCACAAGAAGAAGAAAUGCGUCAUUCUC